AUGACAGAGCUGAACAGCUGCCCCUUGGAUGAGUUGCUCCAGUUGGGUCUCAAUGCGAACGCAGCGCAGAGGAUCAUUGACCAUCGACCCUUCGGUCAUAUGGAUGAGGUGAUGGAUGUUCUGGCGGAUGUGGAUGCGAAGGACUUGCUGGCUGCCGCCUGCGUGCAGCCGUGCUGGGUGGUGCUCAACAACGAAAGAACGCUGCAGUGCUAUGAAAAUGUCAAGCUGCACUUGCCGGGCGGUGCGGACAAUGUUCAGCACGCCUGGUUCGGUGUUCCAUCUGAAGAGGGGAAGGGCGCAGACUGCACGGAAGCCGUCCAAAAGCUGCGGCGAGAGAACCGGGCUGUGAUCGUCUCCCCAGUCGCUCUGGGCUGCGAUCCGGCUCCAUGUGUCUUCAAGCAGUUCCGAGUUCAGUUGCGGGAUCCAAGUGGUUUUCGCGCAGAGGAGCCACGUCAGCUCAGACAGUGGAAAACAUUGGACGAAGUACCAUCUGCGCCUGAGGGCAAGUGGGUUGCUUUCAUUCGACAUGCUCAGGCAGGUCACAAUGUGGACCAUGCCUUAACGCAGACGCGCGACACCCAUUUGACAGAAGAAGGCAUUGCGCAAGCGUUGAGGGCACACGAAGGCUUGCCCGGUGACACCAUGUCUAAGGCCCAGGUGAUUUUCACCAGCCCCUUGACGCGGGCCAUGCAGACUUCGGGCUUGAUCAGAGGCCCCUGCUGUGUCCCGGUGCACCUUGAGCCGCUGAUCACGGAACGCUGGAGCGCUCCCUGCGACGAGGGUACCCCGGCCUCAGAGCUGAGGCGCGACGUUGACGCGCCGCCGCCGGGGCUGGAGCAGAAGAGCUCCUGGGAAGGCUGGGACUCGCUAGAAGAGCGAUGGUGGCCUCUGUGUGGGGAAGAUCAGUGGGCUCGCGCCGAUGAGUUCUUGGCCAAAGCCCGCGCCAUGCCGUUCGAUCGACUCGUAUUUGUCGGCCACGGAGGGUUUUGGGAAACGGUACUGCCCUUAGACCAGUGGUCCUGUCGCGAAACGCCUUGGCGGGAAGUUGUUCGCCGUAGGCGCACGGAAGCGAAGGUGGAAGCGAAGGUGGAUGCGCAUUGGCGAAAGAGAACGGAAACUCCAUCCACGCGGUGUCCGUCCCGCGCCGUGCAGCAGUCGCCCCAACUACGAACGCCUUCACCCGAUGCUUUCGUGGCUUCAAAGGCACCAAGCCCGGUACCUAUGGAUGCGAUACAAUCUCCGUCCAGGCGGCUGGGUCCCAGUCAAUGGUCCUGGUUGCUGACACACCAGGGUGAUCGUGACUGCAUGGCAUCUCUGAUGAGUGACGCUUCCUGCGUAUUGGCGGAACGGUAUUCUGAGCCAUCAGCUGUACUGCAGGACCCAGCCGACGAGCAUUCAGCCCGUCAUGCAGAGACGAUGGAAGGUCUUAGAGUGGCCUCCAUGGUGAUGGGUGAGAAAGCGCGUGGCCCUGUGACCUUGGGUAUCCGAGUCAAAGCGGUCCAGCGCCUUGCAGUGGCCUCAGCGCUUCGGCAGCUGGUUCACCUUCCAGCAGGUCGACAGCAAGAGGACCAGGAGAUGAAAGGAGACAGCGCAGCAAUUUCUCCAAGUAGCCCAAGAUCACUUUAUUCCAUGGAGACAGACAACACGCCUCAGCCUUCCGAAAGCUCGGAGGAGGAGGAGGCGCCAGCUGCUCGAGACUCCUUAGCUGCUAUGCUAAGCAGCGCAGCCAAGAGCUGCAAAUUGAGCUCCAAAAUUCAACAGACGCGUUUCAGAGAGGUGCUGGCCAACAGCACCCUGGGCAAGAUGGUGAAGGCUCACCCCGAGAAGGCGGCCAAGUUUGGCCUGGCGGUGGUGCCCAAGUGGUCCCACAACAAGCCCUGGCCGCCUCCACCUGUUGUAGCGCACUUCAGCUCUCAGCCUUCUGCGUGGGCGCUGAGAUUGCUGCAAAAGACGGAAGAUCGAAAGAAAAAGGAGGAGGAAGGUGCUCGAAGAAGAAUGAGCACCAAUAUGGAGAGGAGAUUUACCAGGAAGAUGAGCAGAGCGCAGACAGACGGAGAAGAAAGGAUGCCGCCCGAAAACGACCUCAUCAGCGAUCUCGCCUCGGCGGUAACGUCGCAGCGCAAGCGGACACCACGGACCUCGAUGUUCAAGGGGCAAGGAGCCAGUAUGAGAAGGUAUUCUCGCCCUGAUGAAGAAGAGCGAUUGCAGGAUAUCUUGGAUCAUGCGGUGACCAUCAUCAAGAUGAACAUCCCAGAGAAGGAUUCCAUCAUUAAUUGCUUCCUGAAGCACUCCGAGACGACGCCCGGUCACCUCAGCAGCAAGGCACUUCUCCGAGGAUUUGCAGAGAUGGAGAUCCGGCCCAAGACCUUCAGAGAAAAGCAAACAAUGAAGCAGGUGCAAGAACUUGUGAUCAAGAAGUAUCGCAAAGAAGACAAGAACUUUGAGGUGGAUGGCAUCCAGAACCCGCUGAAGCACAAGAAGGGCGGCUGGCUCUUCGAAGAGUUCUUGGCCAUGACAGCCACGUACAAAGAGAUUGCGCGAGAAGAGCAAAUGGAGGUGGACCAGGCCUUGGCAGAUCAGAACUCUUGCGAGUUGGCCGUCAUCCGCGAGUUCCGCAAGGUGUAUAAUGGGAGCCGAAGUCAAGAGCAGAUGAUUGUGAAGGACGUCUUGGCCAUCCUGGCGAAGGUGGGCAUCCGAAAUCCCUCGGAUAAGGAGCUGGCACUUCUGCUGAAUCUGCAGUUGGGAGCCAACAUGGAACUUAGCCGCUUCCGACGGAUAGCCUUCGCUGACUUCAUUCCUGCAAUGCUCAAGAUCCAGGGCAUGCUGGCGCAAGUUCAGGGUGAUCUGGAAGAGGAGUCCUGA